GAGUAGAAAUCUACACAACACAAACAAACGCCGGAACAAACGAAUGACCUAGAUGAAAAAACUUCGAUGAGAGUAGGUUGACAUGAUAGGUAUAAUUACUAGGUAGGAAAACAUAGACGAUAAUUAAAUAGUCGUGAAAAAUGUACUUUCAAUGAAACAGCACACGAAGACGAAACAACGAUACACUCAUAGAACAUAUUUAUAGAAGAACAAGAGCGACGUGAUAGCGGGACGCGACUGCGUGUAUUUGGGGAACCAUUGCUCGUUCCUGUAAUACUUCGUCUAAACAUGAUGCAUCACACGACGACAGUAUGACAAUGUACAACCCAUCCUCCGCCGCAUAAUUGAAAUAAGAAUCAGUAUUUUUGUAAAGUUUCUGGCUGCAAUAAAUAUAGAAACAUCCUCUAAACAUCUAAUGCAACCAAAUUGAUCGUCGACGGGUGGAAGACGUGGAAGACUGCGUAACUCGAAAUGUUUUCAAAUUCGAUGCUACGUUGAUUGUUGUAAAGAUAGAAUAAGAAGUUGUAGAAGGCAAACAAAAGUAGAGAACAAUCACCCGAGCUCUAGUAUUAUUUUCAACGGCAGUUUUUGAAGUACUAGAAGAACUACGUAGGUUUCUUCUUGUUGGCCACUGUGCCUGACCCUGCGGGGCUAUGCGCCCCGCCCUAAACGCGUCGUUGCAACUGCUCACGCUCAUGCCCUAAGUCGAUUGUUCCACACCUCGUGGUCUCCGUCUGCAAGCAGCUGCUUUGUAGAUUCUCAACGUGAGCCGCGUCCUCGUCCUGCAAUGUCAGAGGGCCGAGAUCCUAGCUGGUCUGCGCUUUGGGAAGAUGAGCUCUCCUGAGUCAAUUUGGGCGCACCGGUGGUUGAUUCCAGUCUAACAAGUACGAGGAGGCUCGGGUUUUCGUUUUCGUGCUAGAAAAUGACGGAACAGCAGGUGAAUCCAGAAUGCGCUUUUCCAGUGCUGCUGGAAUGGGUCCGGCUAAGUCUGGCACCAGCCGCGACCUUGGACCAAAUAAGAGAAGGAGAGCUCGUGCGCCGAGUUUACAAUGCUGCAAGCGGGGAAAACAUACCGAAUGACUCAGUCCUGUGUGACCAUUUGGGUGUCGAGCCCUUGUGUCCGGGACGGGCGUCAGAAGCGAUGAAAACUCAAAAGCGUCUCGAAAUGUGGACGGCGACACUGUCCAGUAUCGUGACGGAAUUCGAUAAAGACGAACGAUACUCUUCAGAAAUCCAAGCACUUGCCGACGACAAGCAGCUGGUACUGGUUCUUUCUCUUUUCUAAAAACUAGUGCGGUUCGAUGAUGUUUUCGCCAACGUCAUGUUCCUGUACCAGCGGAAGUAACGGUUCCCUCGUAUCAUGAUCGAUGUGUAAUCAGGAGCAGCGAGGCUUCCUUUCACUAAAUGUGGCUCGUUACAUCUGGCGAAGAGCCUUUUUAACAAGUACAACUUCCUUCCACUCCACCUGCUUGAUGAUGAUGAAGUAAAUUUUCUUUCCACACUUUAAACCAGGUUUUGAUGGAUCUUGUUGAACCGUUUUUGGAAAAGGAGCCUCCUGUAGGGAGUACGCCUAACGCACGAGCCUAUUCCAGUAGCGACGAGAAUCUUGCAGCGCCCAUGUCAGUAAGCGUGAGUUUGGCGAAUUUCCAGUCUGGUGGGUCCUCGUCCUCAACUGCGCCUCCCCAUCUGGCAAAAAAUGUGCCUGAUACUUCUGUGGGCGGAGGUCGUGGAUCCUCCUCGUCUUUGAGCCGCAGGUCGCCGUCGCCAGCGGCCCGAUCCUCGCCUACGCGUUUGAACAACACGAAUCUUGGUACUACAACAACGAAUACUAGUGGUGGAAAUAUCUCUGCGAGGGACAGUGGUCCAGGAGGCACAACUGCGAUAGGCGCCGGAUUAGCGUCCAGCUCGGCAACGCUGCUAGAUCACCAUCAUCACGAGGAAGAUGCUAGAGGACGCGAAAGUGACCUUAAACAGCGUGUGUCCAUGCCAAGAACGUCCACACCCGCAACGGUUCAGCAGCACGAGGAGCAAGCGCUAAUCGCUCAGUUGCAGGCAGAGGUUGCGCGGUUGAAGAAGGAUACUGCAGGUCGCGCAGCAGAGUUGCUAGACGCGGAAUUCGCUGCUUCCGCAGAAAGACAUGAGCUAGAUCGCCAACUUCGCGACGCACGAGAGCGUCUCAAGGCAGCUGAAGACCGAUACGCGAAACUAGAGCAGCUUCAUGCGGCGCAGAGCGAAAAAUUGCUUCACGCUGACGCAGCGAAAAGUAUGGAAGAGAAUGUUGCGGCCACUCGGGCGAAACUAGAACGGAUGGCAGGGCGCGUUGCAGAGCUGACGACUGAACGAGAUACACUUUUGUCCGAGAAAAAGCGUGCUGACACUGCGCAAAAAGUAAGCCAGCUAUUGUUCUAGUUCUACUUGGGAUCGUUUUUUAUAAUUUUUACUUUUGAUGACUGUGUAGGUUUACACUGAGUAAAUUAAUAAACGAGUUAUCGUUCUUACGAGACGCGGACACCAUUCUGAUCGCUGUGAUCAUGAUGCCCACAACGAAAUCGUUCUCAUCAAAUAAAUUCUUGUUCCAGGACCUGCGUAGUGCACAAGGGGAGCUGCAACGGCUACAGGAGAACAUGCGCAUAAAAGACGCGCUUCGCGAAAAGAGCUUGAAGACUGAAGGCGUGGUCGAAGAGUUGCAGCAGGCCGUUCAGCGGUGGCAGCUGAAAGCGCAAGAAGCCUCGGAUAGUGCAGAGCAGCUUCGCGUCCUACAUGAGGAGGCGAACAACGCAGCGCGGAUGCUCCAGGCCGCGAAAGAGGAGGAGCUCUUCGCAGCUGAGGAGCGUCGGCGAGAAGCGCUGCAGGAGCAGCGGACACGGCAUGAGCUCGAGACUCAUGCUGCUGAGGAGAAACUGCAGCAGGAGAAGCGCGAACUCGGAGAACGCGAAGAAGUACUAAGGCAAGCGCAUGCGCGAGAAACAGAAGCCUUGCGUGAUCAUUUGGAGAAGAAAGACGUACUACUGCAAGAGCGAAAACAGGCACUUCUGGACAACGACACGCAAUAUAAAGAAGAUGUCAAGCAGCUGGAGGCGAAGCACGCGCAUUCGACCGAGCAAUUGCGCCAAACCCUCGAACGAGAAAGAAAAGAUUCUGUAUUUAUGAUUUCGUCAGCACUCUGUCUCUUGCUCUACAGUUACACUUUGAUUUUAGUGCUCUGUUUCUCUUCGAAGAUGUUGUAGUUGGUAUCAUUUCUAUCUAAUUUAUCACAGAAACCAACCGGCACGAGUAUUAUAGUCAAGAAUUUGACAUCAAGAAAUCUAUCUUAAUCUUUUUCAUUUCCUUUUCUUCCACCUCCACUCCCACUAUUCUCAGGAGUCUCGGCUCCGUCGCGAAUUGCUGGCUCAGGAAACCGCUUCCGUCGAGAGGUUGAGCCGAGAACACACUGAGGCACUAGCAAAAGAGCGAGAGCGCUAUGAGGACGUGUGUAGAGAGCAUGAUUCCGUACGCGCAGAACUCAGGGAAACUAGGCUCCAGCAUUCUAGGGAGAUUGAUGACUUGCGGCAACAUGGAGACUCGACCGAGCGCGACCUUGUAAGAAACUGGUCCACCAAACUCGAUGACGCAACGACACAACUCGAUCUGGAACGACAGAGAACUGUUAUGAAGAUUGAUCAUUGCUCAUACAUUUGAUAGAAUUCCUCCAAUGAAUGUUGCUUGACGUUUUACCGUCGGUCGUUGUAGAGGUACUACUCGAAGAUCCUUGGUUCGUCCGGUUUUUAGUGAAUGUUGUAUUUUAUGAGUAUCUUCAGACUCGCAGCUGCUACCGCUGCGCGCGUCUCUUUGUUUCAUCCUCGGCCCCUGCCGUUUCUUUCUGUCUUCUGCAAAGCAAGCAUAUCCUUGAAUCCACCUCAUCCCUUUUCAUUCUGUUGGAGCUAGAGGCCGAGUUGAAGCAAAAGUGGGAGCAGGAGUGCGCCACACUCCGGCAGCAGCACGAACAACUACUUGCGAGCCAGUUAGCACAGGUCGAGUCCGCCUGGGCAGAUAAGGAGAGGGCGUAUAAAACAGAAGCUGCGGAUAUGCUGGCUAGAGCCGAGCAAGAAUUUCAGAAACUUCAAGCGGACUGUGCAAGCCUGCGGAAGGAAGCGAAAGACGCACGUGAUGAAGCCGAGAGAGCGAGCAAGGAGGCGAGUGCGGAGAAGGUAUUUUUGUCUGCUGGCAUAGGUAUACUAUAGCCUAUCACUAGCGCAACAUGUUCUACACCAUAGAUACACCACCUCAAUGACAUUCUUAUCAAUUCACGAAUUGAAUGAAUACGGUUACGGAUUUUUCUAAUCUAUGUCUCUUCUACUUACCUUUUUUAGGACGCAUUGGCCCUGAAAAACCAGAAGGAAACGCAGAGUCUUUCUGAACACUUGCGCGGCAAGGCAGAAGAGGUGCUAAACGACCUAAAGCAGCGGCAUCAGCGCGAACUUGAAAGUCAGAAGCGGCAACUUGAGGGCGAGCUUGCGAAUCGCCACAAGCUCGAAAUAGACAAACUGAGGAAAAUUGAACAUGAUCUGCGAGCGCAGCAGGAAAGUGACGUCGCGGAGCUCGUCACGACGAUACAAACGCUUCGAAACGAAAUCGCCGAAAAAGAACAGCGCAUUUUGAAAGCAGAGGUAUAGAAGAAGUUGAUGUACGUAGGAGAGGCUUCUGACAUUCUGUAGUUAUAGGACCAUUACUACGUAUAUAUGACUUCGUCUAGUUCUUGUUCAGUACACUUUUCAACAAACGGUUACAAUUUCCGCCUACAAAUACUCUCAUCGCAGAAGGAACAGCGCGAGGCUUUGGAAGCGAUCGAGCAAAAGCAGAGCGAGAGCAGCAACACCGCUUUCGCGACGCUGCGGGACAAGUGUGACCAGUUAAAGGGAGCGCUUAAGGCUGCGAAGGACGAGCAAAGCCAGUCCCAGUUACAGCUUGACGAAGUGCGCUUGAAGUUGCAUUGUGUCCUCGAGAGUUCGAAAAAGGAACGCGACGAAGCGCGACGCGAAAUUGAGAUGCUCAAGAAGCGCCUUGCCAGUGCGGAGGAACGCGUGUUGCAGACGGAAGCCAGGCUUCGCCUGGAGCGCGAGCAAGGUGCAGCUGCCAAGGGCAGCAUUAGCAGUAUGAAAGUACUCGAAACGCUCCGUGGAAGGCAACUGGCAGAUUUGGAACAGAACGGCAUCAACUGGCAAGAAAAGUACAGAACUCUGAUGGAAAGCUAUAAGGAAAUCUCUACAGCCUACGAACAAGAUCGAAAAGAAAGAGAACAGCAUCAACGUACUGUAGCAAUAUCAGGGAUGCACGCUUCGGCGUCAAGUUCAGCUUCCGGUGGUGGAGAACAACCGAAUAGCGGCUCAUCUUCUUCGCUGAACGGCGCCUCUUCUACCAAUAAGAAUGGCAAAGCGAGUGGAAAUUUUGCCCAGAGUCUGCUUGAAGAGAAUAUUGCUUUGAAAAAGGAGAAGCGGGAUAUGAUUGUUAGGCAUGCAGCGGCUUUGCGACAACUUGCGGCUGCAUCUUCCUCGCAACAGCAUAACGGCGGAAAAGAGAAAGACGCGAAUAUGACCGGGAACAGCAGUGGCAUGGUAGCUUCUCCAGCCGCUUCGUCCAACAUCUCUUCGCUGUCGUCGGAAGAGCGUAGAAGAAGAAAGCGCGACGUGCCCAUGCAGGACGCUUCUGCGACGAGUGCUUCAGCAUUGUUGUUUCCCGGAGGUGCAGCAUCGGACAAAAGUAAGGGAGAUGCAACAGGUGAGAAGUUGAAGUCUACUUUGGGUUCUUCUCAUGGUGCUCAGCAAAGCCAUCAGCCGCGUUCAGGAAUCAUGAAGAACACGACAGCGCAGGCAAAACCGUCGACGAAUCGAGGAGAUUCAUCCGGCCAUGGCACAGGCGACGAGAACAACAAAGAAAAUGUAGCCUACACAGUUCCUCCUGCCUCGUCCCCUGGCCCACCAGGCAGCGGCUCUUAUACAGAAAACAACAAAGCGACGUCGGGUCGGGCCUCACUCGUUGCCGGAAGUCGUCCUCCGUCGAAACUCGGUUCCCCUCAAAGACAAGGCCGUGACGAUGACAUGGACCGGGACGGCGGUCCCGGUGCUCUGUACAACAACCCCACCGCGUCACCAAGUGUUGGAGCAACAGGAGAAGGGCCAGGCGAUGAUGGGAGAGGCAGACCAAGAAACAUGCUGGUUUUGGAGGAGAAACAGAGCGGUCAGCCGUCGCCUGGAGGUUAUCCGAGCCGCGGAAUGGGAGUCAAGCGCGAACUGCUCAAGCACGAAAGGACAGACUCAGCCGAAAAGCGGGUGCGCAUGACGCAGCCAGCCGAUGAUGAUCGGUGCAGGCAGCAGUAGCGCACUAGUAAAGACGCUGGUCAUGAAAAUCUAUCGGUGUUAAUAUCAAAGUCAUAUUGUUAUAUAUAGUUGUUUUAGUCAUCUUCAACUUCAACUUCGUCCACGACGACGUGCAUGAUGUAGUAUUUUUUGAUCCUGAAAUAAUUGCAUCCAUCGUGUAUGUGUAAAUUCAGUCAUAAUAACAUAAUCCAAUAAAUCCUGACUCGUUCAUCCAUUUGUAAAAGUCCAUCCAAUGAUGUGUUGUACAAGGGCAUCUGCAUUCCUCCUGUUUAUUCUGACUAUUGUUAUUCAACAAGUAGGACAAAGAAAAAUGAUAAUGAAAUUGCUUUACAACUACUACAUGUCUUCUACUUAAUACACCAGAGGCAGAGAAAUGUCGUUGAACUUCCGUAGUUAAAGUCUUCUUCUGAUACUCACAUCGGCAGGGAUUACGCUGAUCAUAUUCCUGCGUAUGGCAAUCACCAAAGAAUUGGGUUUGUAAUACAAGAUGAUAGAAGAAACAGUCGUGUACGCCAGCUGGACCGCUGGUCAUCAUGCUG